AUGGCUAAUAACAAGUGUUUGCGUCUCCUUUCAACAGGAUUCAGCAAGAUCCUCCAUUGUAUCAGCACAUUUUUAGGCCUCAGACCCUCGCUCUGUGACACAGCUCGGCGGGGCCGGACUCGCCCUGCUCGGGGCGCCGGGAUCCGGGUCCCGCCGCGAGCUCCGAGCGGUUUGCUCCCAGUGGAUCAGGGCGGGGUGUGUUGCCGGAGUCGCCUGCUAUUGGCUACCCUCUCGGGGACUGGCCGGGCUUUCCGACACUUGAUUGGACGGAACUGCCCCCGUAGGCCGAGGCCAUUGGAGGCGGCUGGAGCCAGGGGGCGGGGCGGGUCCCCGAGGAGUCCUGACAGAGCGCGCUGGGCGACGGAGCUGGGCGCCGGACGCCGGACCGGAGCGGGGCGGGCGGCCGGCCGCGGAGGGCGGGCGGGAGGGGUCCCGGCGCGGAAAGGGGCUCGAAGGGGGAGCACGGUGCCGAGGCUGGUGCCUGGCCGCGUCUCCCCAGGGCAGCCCCGGUUUCGUCCCGGCGGGGGCCGCUCGGAGACAGCAUCUGUCAACGCUCGCCCCUCCUCUCUCCUCCUCCGGCCGGGCCGGACUCCGCCGGCGGGGGACGCGGAGCCGGCGUGGCGCGCCCAUCAGCUGUCAGGCGAGUGGCGGAGCGGCCGAGGGCGGCGAGCGCCACACAAAGAACGCGGUGAGCCGCGCGGCGAAAAGGAGCGGCAAUUUCGGGACGGCUACUCCCGGCCGCGCCCGCCGGUGCCGCCGGUCCGAGGCCGCGGAGACAAUGCGGCCGAGCUCACAUGCCGGCGCCCGCGCUCCCCCGGCCCCUGCUGGACGGUGCCCGGCUCGCCCAGCCCCCUCCUGGCCCGCCGGCCCCCGCCCGGCAGAGGGGCGCCCCCUCGCUUUCGCGGCGGGCGAAGGAAGUCGGUCCCGGCCGCCGAGCCCGGCAACUUGCGAGCCGGGAAAAGUUUGCGGCGCCUCCGCGGGGCGGCGUGGCGCGGCCCCCGCCCCUGGCGUCCACGGUCCCGGCCGGCCGGUGACUUUCUGGGAUCGUCGUCCGCCCGGGCCGCUGCGCGGACCACGGGGACUGCGGGGAGGCCGGAGUCCGCCCGAGGGCUCUGCGCCCCGGGCCUGCGGCCUUGGAAAGUUGCUAUAGAAGAGGGACAAGAGAGGAAGACAACGCUGGAGGAGAUAAGUAGCUCUGGACACAGCUGAGCCCAUUGGCCAAGAAAUGUCAGCAAACCUGCCCCACUGAAGAGCAACAUUCCUCCUCUUCGUGUAUGUAUCUGGGGUAGGAGCAGGGGAGUCAGGGAGGAAAGAGGGUAAAAGAUGCUGAUAUGCACCCAUAUUCCCCCUAGAUUCCAGUACUGCACUCAAACAAUUUUUAUUGAGGUGAAGUUGAAAUACAUGUAAAAUAAGCAAUAUUGGCACAUGAUGUCCUGAAUAAUGGAAGUAAUAAUAAAAUACUUACUGGCAUUUAUUGAGUAUGUGCCCGGCACUGUUGUGUUUUUGUAAUUACUUUAAUCCUCACAAUAGUCCUGGGAGUUAGGUGCUAUCAUAAUUUUACAGAUUAAGAAAGUGAAGCACAGAAAGGCUAAAUGCCUUGUUCAAGGUCACUCAGGAAGUAGAAGAGAACCUAAGUAAAGAAUAAAAAGUGCUGAUAAUCACAUAAGAAAGAACAGCCAAUGUAAGCCUGAAGAGCAGUGAAAGGCACUUGAGUCAUACUUUCCUCAGGUUGAGGAUGUGAGGAAGCACAUGGUGUGUUGGGGAGUUCAGGGAGGGCACGUGCCUAAAGAGGUGCCUGCUCUGUGCUGCCUGGUUACCCCUCAGCAGGUCAGAGGGAACCUGGAAGCCAUGUAGUCAGAAACUGCUGGAAUGUUGUGGAGGCUCUACAUAUGUGGUGCAAAAAUAUCUACACUUUUAAAUGGUGUUGAAUUAUAGGAUACAAUUAUGCAGAAAUGUUUUGUUUCCCUUGAAAGCUAGAAAACAAGGGUCGGCUCUGGCUGCCUCUGUAAAUAGGCUGCUGUUUUUCUUUCUUUUUGUAGUUGUAAAGAAUCAUUCAUGCCAGCGUAGUUAAUGAGCUUCCGCAGCUGUUAAAUGAAAUUACAUAUUCUGUUCAUCCAGAGCCCUCUAUGCUGCCAUUGUCUCCUGGCCGUCUUGGUGUCUUCUAAGCACCGGGAUACUUCUAAGUCACAAUGGCCCGGCUUGUUCUCAGUCCAGGAGGUUCUGCGGUCUGGGUCAGACAGGCCUUCAGAAGGAGAGGCUAUUUUGGCAAAGGUAGCCAUAAUAGGAUGUUAUUUUUCCGUAUCACAGCUGCCCUCCUCAGCUAGGACUGUGAGGAAUACUAGGGGGGAACUAUUCAAAAUUUUCUAAAAAGGUUAUUUUAAGCAAAAUUAUUAUCCCUCAAAUUAUACACAGACACUAACUUUCAGUUUUCCAAGGAAGGCACUUCACCAACUCAGACAGCUGUGGCUGAGGGGAUUGACCCCGAUUUGGCUCUUCUCUUCCUUCAUGAUGUUUCUUUUCACACCUGUCAGAAUUGGAGCUUCCUGGUUAUGGCUUUUAGUAUAAGUUUGAAGAUUUUCCAGUCUCCCAAUCUAUUGUUGCUCUAAAUUCGGACUUUCACAUCUAGUCUUCCUCACUGUCUCUCUGAGAUAAUCACAUCUUCUUGUUCACUCCAGAAAUUGCUAACUCCCCAUGUGCCUCCAGGAAGUCACUCUUCAUUCUGGCACCACCAGGAUCCACUUUGGGGCUCUGAUAUGCAGCUGCUGACCUCUUCUGGGCUGUGUUCAGUGGGCAUCUGCUGGUUACAGCCAGAUGCUUUUUGGUAAAAAGGAAGUAACCUCACACUGGGACUAACUGCGCAAGUCUCUCUUUAUUGCAUAGGAGUUGUGAAACUGUGCUUCUUCAUAAAUGUCCCUCUUUCCAAACACCUAAUUCUCUGUCCUCCUCCAUUGAAACAAUAUUUAGAUUUCUUUUCACAGAUACUUCCACCAUAUAUUUACUGUAGGGAAAAAAUAUUUGCUAGGUAGUAUUUGACUAUCUGCUGUAUGAAAAACCAGGUCUAUGGUUUCUGGGUUAUUGCCAUAAAUAACUAAUAAAGAGUUAAUCCUGAUGAAGUAUUAGUUUAACCAGUGAAUAAGCACAGAAAACAAAAACGUAUGUGUAGCUACGUAUUCUUAUACUUCCCAUGUCUUUGCCUUCCCAGUGCCCAUAUGGACCUUCCAUAGGAGCUAUUUGUAUAAUAGGUGUUAAUUAACCUAGUUGUGUUAUUCUGACCAUUAGUUACAUCUAUCUGCUUUUGAAGCUAUAGCAAUAUAUACAUGUUGUCAUAAUCUCUUCACCCUUGCAUCUCUUAACUUUUGAAGAGGAAGUUAAUUUCAGUGAAAAGUGAUGAGGAAAAUAUCUUUGAACAGUAAAAACAUUGCUUCAUAAAAAGAGAAAACCAUGAGAGUUUUCCAUCGCGUGUUCUCUAUUUCUAUUACUAAGGGAAUGUUAAAAAUAUAGUCUGGAGACUAUUUUCUGUCCUAUAAUUGGAGCACAACUAUCUGCUGACACACAGGCCACUUAGGAAAUAUUGCUGAAUAACACAUUUUCAAAUAAUCUGAUGUCAUCUCAGCCAAAUUCAUCUCUGAACUAACAGUCCUUUCUGGAUUUCACAGAUCUGCUCAGAGAUCUGUAAUAAAUGGUAGAUAUUCAAGGCCUGCUGCAGUGAUAGUAUUUAUGCAGCUUGGCUAGAAGCAGUCCCUCUCUUAACAUGGUGGGUAAGAUGAAAACUAACCCUGGCAUUGUACAGCACAGUAGGAACAUUGGCCUGCUGACUUAAACAAAUAUGAUUGCCAGAGUGAAUUAUUAAAUUCCACUGGCCUCACUUGCUAGAGAAUUUCACUCCUUUUCCUCCCACACACCUUCUACUUUUUAUUAGAUGAACAGUAUUCAGCUCUUGCAAUUAAUUGCUGUAUUUUGUUAGUCAUUACUACAGCAGUUUCCCUGUGUUUAUAUUUUUAAACUAGCACUUGGAUGAGUCCCAUUGAAGCAGAACAAAUAUGUGUGUGCAUCUGUGCAAAUAUUUGUCUAAAAUUACAUUAUUAAAAAGUCCCAGUGAACUUUCAGGCUAACCGCUGUGCUUUGUAUCACUUCAGAGACAGUCACAUCAUCAGGCUACUGUUACUUUACUAAACAUGGGUGACUUCAUCCCAGCAUUUCCUUUAGAGCACUAUUUGGGAGACUCCCUUCCAAUAGAGGAAGUGGGUUGAUGAGGGCCAGUGUUCUCAUUCCAGAUCCUUCACAUCUCUGAAAAGCUGCAUCCUUUGUAGAACAUAGAUCUGUGUGUGUGCCAAAGUGUAACCCUGAUGUUCAUCAGGGAGGGGAGGAGGUCACAUAUUCCUUGUCUGUUUCAGCAGCAAUUCUCCCAUUUGGCAGGAGCUCGAGAGGAAGUAUUUAACAAUGGGAUUUUAUAAAAUUCAAUGUAGUAAAGAAUGUUUUUAUAUUUGAAUGGAUCUAAGGAAGUUUUAUUUUUCUCCCCCCUGAUAAGUGGAGGGUAUUUAAAGGUAAUGGUAUCUGUGGAUUUGUUGGAAGGAUUUGGCUCUUUUAUUGGACUUUGUGAAAUAAUUAUUUUUCCAUUUUAUCAUUUUCAUGAAAGGUAAUCCUCAGAAGAAAAAGCUGUAGUCUCUUAACUUCAUACUGAUCUUAAAUAUUUUCCUUAGGGGGAAUUAGUGAGGAAGUAACAAUCUCUCAGGAAGGUUUAAAGCUGUGCUUUUAUUCAACAAUCAGAGCUCUUUUAAUGUCUCCAACCAUGCCAGAAAUGAUAAAGUUAUUUUCUUUUAUACUCUUACCAUAAGGCCCAAUAUUUUUAAAAGCCUGAAACACAAAUAGCUUUAUGUUUAAAAUAGUGCAAAGUAGAGGAAAAGAUGUUCUUGUCAUCAUCCUCUUUUUACUUCAGCUACAUGUGGUCUCUAAGGGAGCUGCUGAAGACACAAAUUUUCUAAGUCCAGCACACCUAUCAGAUAAGGUCCAAUGGUUGGUUAGCAGCUACAAUAGAAAGUUUGAGGCCAUCUGCUGAGGAACAAAGAUCCCUUUCCUCUAAGGCCUGCUAGGUUUAUAGGUCUAGGGCAGUGGUCGGCAAACUCAUUAGUCAACAGAGCCAAAUAUCAACAGUACAACAAUGGAAAUUUCU